AUGGAUCCAAAAGAAAAGGGCAAGGUCAAUACCAAAAGGCUCAAAACAAAAGAUUUGACGACCUUUUGGUCUAGUGGCAUCACCUCCAAUUUUUCUCCCCGUGAAGCUGCAGCAGCAAAUGUUCCAUAUGUUGAAGACCAAGGGGGAGAGGAAGAUGACUAUAACUCAGAUGCUGAGUUUGAACAGGCUGUGUAUGCAGUAGAAGAGGAGAUGGAAGGGGACAGGGCAACCAUACAAAAAGAAGAGGAGAUUGAAAAUCAUAUAGAAGCCGAGAUGGUGGAAUCUGAUGCACAGCCUGAAGGUAUUAUAACUCAGUUCAACCCAGAUCACAUUAUCACUGAUCCGGGACUUCGUAUACCAAUUGAUCAAUUUCAUGUGGACAUUAGAAGUGAUGGAAAAAUAGAUGCUUUCAUGAAAAGUGGUUCAAGAAACAUCCUUGGCUUGAAUACAGUGUCGAAAAGAAUAAGGCUUAUUGUUUCUAUUGUUAUCUUUUUAAGCAAGAUCGCAUGGAUGACAAAUUGA